AUGAAUUUACCUUUCGAGGUUGAGCAAAUCCAAGAAGAAAUCAGAGACGUACAGAAACAUUUACAUGCUUUUGGCACCCGUUCUCAGGGCUACAUCAAUAAAGAUCGCAAAGAAAUGCUCAUCCAGCUCCAGAAAAGCGUCGAAUGUAUCAACAACACCGUCGAGUAUUUUGAGACAGGCAGCACUAGUGCCUUCCCUCGCCUUCUAACAUGCAACACUAUCGACCCUUCUCCGGGACUGACGCAUGAGACCAUCAUCUCAGAGCACCUUAGAGACAUGGAUACUCGAUUCGCGGACCUCCAUGACGCUGCCAGUUGGGGCCUGGAACGAGCCGAGCUCAUUAAGAAAAUAAGCAACGAUACUGACGGCGACCUAUGCAUCAUCUGCGCCAAACUCGGCUCAUCAAGUACCAGGAUCCAGAGUGCUCUUCGGGCCGCUCAGAGUCAGCAUUGGGAGAAAGAAACAGAGUUGUCGCGGGCCAUCACGCGCCUUGACUCAGUCCAGCACGAGCUGGAGAUUUUGGAAACACGUCUGAAGAAAUAUGAGGAGAUGAGAGACGAUAUGAGAAGGGAGCACAAGGCUGCUAUUGGUAAUGCCACCAAUGCCGCUCAACGUCUACAACGUUAUUGCGAUUGGCUUGGUGGGAUUACAGAGGAAAUAAGCAGCUUUGUCGUCGAACGAGUGGUGGAGUACCAAGCCAUCAAGGAGAGCACUGAUGAUCUCACUGAUUGGGCUAAUGGGCUUAGGCGCCACACGGAGACGAUGCGUUCAUGGCGCUCAUCAAAGGCACAGCUGCGCAGAACGGCGAGGAAGAUUGUCGACUCGCUGUUGGAGAAGGAUGAUCCUCGCGUACAAACUAUUUCCAACCAACUGAGGAGGCUAUACACCACCAGUACGAGCGUACGAGCUCUAGGGUAUUCUUGA